UGAGUCGUGGUGUUUUUCCAGAUAAGCAGACUACAUUGCCUGUCCAGUCUGGUGCAUCCAUUGGUGCUGGUGAUUAUGUUGUUACUGUGGGUCUUGGUACGCCGAAAAAAGAAUUUACACUCAUAUUCGACACCGGUAGCGACGUCACUUGGACUCAAUGUGAGCCAUGCGUGAAGUCUUGCUAUGAACAGAAGGAGCCAAGAAACCUUAACCCUCACAUCAAAAACGUGUUCAAGAACUUCGUGUUUGGGUGCGGCCAACAAAACGAUGGCCUAUUCGGACGAGCAGCAGGUUUGCUAGGACUUGGUCGCACUGAGUUAUCCUUACCAUCACAAGCAGCUAAGAAGUUCAAAAAGCUCUUCUCUUAUUGCUUACCAGCAUCCUCCAGCUCCAAAGGUUACCUCAGUUUCGGUGGAAAAGUCUCCAAGACCGUGACAUUCACUCCGUUAUCCAAAGCCUCUGAAUCCACGCCUUUUUACGGCCUGGACAUAACUGGACUUAGUGUCGGAGGACACAAACUUUCUAUAGAUCCAUCAAUUUUCUCAACUUCAGGAACCAUAAUUGACUCUGGCACGGUCUUCUCGAGACUACCUCCGACAGUAUACUCCGCCCUAAGCUCAGCAUUUAAAAAAUUGAUGACAAAUUAUCCUUUGACAGGUGGGAAUUCUUUCUUCGAUACUUGCUAUGAUUUUAGUAAAUACGAUAAGAUUAGGAUUCCCCAGGUCAGUGUGUCCUUCAAAGGCGGAGUCGAGAUGGAGAUCCAUGUGAGGGGAAUUUUGUAUCCGGUGCAAGGAUUGAAGAAAGUUUGCCUAGCUUUUGCAGGAAAUGCUGAUGAUAGUUAUACUUCAAUUUAUGGAAAUGUUCAGCAGAAGACUUAUCAAGUAGUCUAUGAUGGUGCCAAAGGAAGGGUUGGAUUUGCCCCUGCUGGUUGUAGCCAAAAUGACCACAAAAAAAAUUCUCGACGACGGACUUGUACCGGAAAAAAUUACAUAGCCAAAAUGAGUGUCGUUAAACCUUGUGAUGGAUUCAACAAUGUCCAUCGCUAG